AUGGCAGAAGAUGACAAGGCGAAAAGUGAUAGGGAUUCAGAUGAUGAGAAGAAAGAGGCAAGCAGCAAAGCAGAAGAUACAGAAGAGGAGCCUCAGGGCAAAAGUGAGGAGGAAGAAGAUGCCGAAGAGACGGAGCCCUCAGAGCAUGAGGGUAGUCAGCGCGAAGGUGACAAAGAAAUGGCCAAAGAGAUGAGCGAGAAGGAGGCAGAAGGCAAGAAAGAGCAGUCAGACAAAGAUGAAGAAGACGAGAAGCAGCAAGAAGACAGUGAAGGGCAAGCAGAACAUGAGGAUGAGGACAAAGAGAAGAGCGAUGAGGAGGUAGCAGACGAGAAAGAGCAGUCAGACGAAGAUGAAGGAGACGAGAAGCAGCACAGUGAAGGGCAAGCAGAACAUGAGGAUGAGGACAAAGAGAAGAGCGAUGAGGAGGUAGCAGCAGAAGAGAAAGAGCAGUCUGACGAAGAUGAAGAAGACGAGAAGCAGCAAGAAGACAGUGAAGGGCAAGCAGAACAUGAGGAUGCGGACCGAGAAAAGAAGGAUGAGGAGGUAGCAGACGAGAAAGAGCAGUCAGACGAGGAUGCGGAAUACUGUCAGGAGCAGCAGGACAAAGAGAAGAGUGAGGAGGAGAAAGAAUCAGAGAGAGAGGCUGAAACAGAGGAGGAGAACAAGGAAGAUGCAGCAUGUACAAGUUCAGGUGCAGAAGAGCACAAGGAUGAGACAAAGAGCGACGAUGGCAGCAACAUGGAGGAUCAAGAGGAUGACGAGAAGACGACAAGCGAGGCAAGUGCGCAAGAUGAGCCGAAAGAGGCAAGCAGCGAAGCACAAGAUGAAGAAGAAGAGCUUCAGGACAAAAGUGAGCAAGAAGAAGAUGCGGAAGAGAAGGAGCCCACACAGCAUGAGGAGAGUCAGAACGAAAAUGACGAAGAAAUGGCCAAAGAGAUGAGUGAGAAAGAGGCAGAAGGCAAGAAAGAGCAGUCAGACGAAGAUGACGAAGACGAGAAGCAGCAAGAAGACAGUGAAGGGCAAGCAGAACAUGAGGAUGAGGAGGUAGCAGACGAGAAAGAGCAGUCAGACGAAGACGCGGAAUACUGUAAGGAGCAGCAAGACAAAGAGAAGAGUGAGGAGGAGCAAGAAUCAGAGAGAGAGGCUGAAACAGAGGAGGAGAACAAGGAAGAUGCAGCAGGUACAGGUUCAGAUGCAGAAGAGCGCAGGGAUGAGACAAAGAGCGACGAUGGCAGCAACAUGGAGGAUCAAGAGGAUGACAAGAAGAUGACAAGCGAGGCAAGUGCGCAAGAUGAGCCGAAAGAGUCAAGCAGCGAAGAACAAGAUGAAAGAAUGUCUCAGGAUAGCGGUGCUGAGAGAAAGGAGGUUGAAGGUGAGGCAAGGGAAAGUGACGAAGCUGAUGCAAGAGACGAGGCAGCAAGGGAAAACCGGAGGGUGCCAGCAGGAUGUCUCAAUAUAAGCAUUGAAAAGCUUGGUGUCCAAAAAUAUGCCCAGAUACUUCUGAACUAUAUGAACUACAGGGAAGCAAAAGGUAGACAAGUCAAAGAGCAAGAGGGCUUACAUAGGGACUUAGAAAUGCUCACGCGAUACCUUCGAUCAGAAAUGAGUGAGGAUGAGAAAAACCAAAGAAAACAGGAACUGCAGUCAAUUUUGCAAAGGCUUUACUUCUCUUCGCAGGAGGUUGGAGAAGCAGAAGAGAGCUACAGAUCAGCCCUGGAACAAGAAGAAGAAGAAGAGAGCAGUGCUGAAAACAAGGAUGAGAAUGCCAGUGACGAAGUUCCGUCAGAACGGCCAACUUCACCGAAGAAAAACUCAAGGGAGGGGGCUUCAGAGAAGGAUGGAGAUUCGUCAAAGAAAGCAAGCGUCAGUGAGGAACAAGGCAUGGAUGAGGAGGAACACAACACAGAGCACUCUAGCAGCGAAAGCUCGACAGAGACCACUUCAACAACGUCAAGUUCAAGCCAAGGUGUUGAUGAUGUCGAGGAAGCUGCAAAAGCAGCAGAAACAAGAGCAGAAAUGGAUGUUGCAGGAUUCACCUCUGAGCAUGAACCCAUAGAAGAGAAGCCUUCGAAAAAGCGCAAGGCCACCAACGCCACGACUGACUCCAAAAAAUGCCCCAGGGAGCGCGCAGAUCAAUGCAUGAGGAAUGCCUUGACCAGGCAGAGCAAUGAUAUCGAGGAGCAGCUGGAGAGGGAAUAUGAACGUGCAGGUUUGAAACCCAACCGACGCAUCAGAGGGAAGUCUCGCGACCUUGAGAGCAAGCCUGCUCCACCACCGGGGCCGGCAUCGAGCAAGAUGAAGAAACCAGCAGCCAGCAUGCCCCCCAGAGAAACGCUGAAGGCACGAGGAAAGGAGCCGAAGAAACCCGAUGAGAAGGCAAAGGAAACACCAAAAGGGUCCAAGGACGGAGACACGAAGGUCGCUACGGUUCCCUUCGAGGACAUGGACUGGGCUGUGGAAAUCCGGAGGAGAUUGCGUGGGAAAGCUAAGGGACAGCUCUACAAAGUCUUCAUCUACAAGAGAGACAACAAACCAGUGUACGUCUUGAAAGAGGCCACGGCAAAAGGAUUCAGUGACCCGGACGGGAAGGUCGCCGAAGCUAUGAAACAAAUCCGUAUGAAGCGUGCUGGUUCCUUCAAGCGGAAGCGGACUCAGUCCCAAUCCCAGCUGGAUUGCGGCAAAGCCCACUCACAGGAUUGCCAGAAGUUUAGGACGCUCGUGGCUAAACCCCGGUGGAAAUAUGAGGAAGUGCACGUGAUGUUUGCCUGGGGUCCUAUGCAAAGGUUUUUGGCCGCUUGCAGCGCAAGGCGUGUGGCCUUUCCAAUGGGUAGCUAUGGAGCUGCAACGAUGAAAUGGACUGUGUUGCUGAGCCAAAAAAUCAAUGUCGCUCUACCACGUUUUCGAAUAAUAUAUUAA